GCACUAAAGGAGGGGGGCGAGGAAGGCCGCGACAACUUGACCGACACUACCCUAGACAAACCUGGCUUUAACACCCCCUGGCCUGCUGCCACCUCCGGGGCCCCGAGGGUUCUUAGCACCCCUUCUGGAGGGCCCAUCCAGGAGGCUCCUGUUAGCACCCCUGAGGAAGGGACCAUUCCUCAGGCACCUCAUCCCACACAAGCGACAACCGCUGAGGAGAGCACUGCACAGGCAUGUGAACCUGCACAGGUGAUCGAGGUGCCGAGCUCAGAGGAUCAAGAAGAGGAGGCGGAAGGUUUCGAUGCCGCGACUAGCCGGUGGCGACCGCUGGCUCGUGAUGCCACGGCGACUUCGCGCGAGUGGGGGCAUGCCGAUGCGAUCCGAGAGCUUCUCUACAAGACAGCGCGCAAAGCCAUCAAGGACCCCAGAGCUGCCGCCUUCGAGCUUGCCACCGGCCGUCUAAAAGUGUCCCCGUUUGAUGAAUCAACUAUCCAAGAGGUGCGCGCGCAGAUUGCUGCGAUGCUUCCUGACCCCACGGCUGCUAUGGAGGUUCCUACAGGGCAGCCCUUCAUGUUGCACUUGCUAUCGCAAUCACUUGAGGUGUUGGGGGAUCCUGACUUCGAGAUCUUGGACCAUGGGUCGGAAUCAUUCGCAGAGGGCGUACCGCUUGGUUGGGAUAAGCCGAUUGCGAGGACGCCUCAAGUGUUCCCAAAGCGUACCACGUUUCGAAAGUUGGACCAAUCAGACUUCGACCCUUCGAUGCUUAACUAUCGCUCAGCUGAGUUGAAUGCCGAACAGCUUGAAGCGAAGUUUCGUGAGGAUGAGCGGGCCGGGCUCAUGGUUUGCACGACCGAAGCAGAGGCAAGGCGAAUCUACGGUGCUACUUCUGUGCUCAUCGCAGCAAUGGGCGCGGUGACUAAAGCCAGCGGUGAUGUCAGGCCGUUGCAUGACGGCACACACGGCAUAAACCUCAACAACAAGAUCAAGAUACUGGAUAAGCUGCAAGUCCCCGGACCUGAGGAUCUUCAAGAAGUUGCAUCACGAGUGAAAGAAAGCAAGGAGGCUCCUUUUGCCUUGUGUGCAGACAUAAAGCAAGCGCAUCGGAAUGUCAAG